CACGUGAUCAGCCGCUUCUAGAAGACAGGAUGGCGACUCGCUGUAACUUAUUUAAACCGCCGGCGCUCUCGUCUCAACGGUCUCGUCAGUCUAUUCUCUGUGUAUCCCAGGGCUUCGGCGUCUUCUUUGACUCAACCCAGCAUCUUCUGCUGAGCUAGGGUGAGAAGACGGCUAAUCUCGAAGUCUCGAGCUUUGAAACUUCAGGUUCUGCCUCAAAAGAAGUCAUGAAGUUAAUCCGUCACACUAACCACCGACGGUGAAUCUGCCCUCAUCACUUCUUUCCUGCGACCGAGACCUGCGCAUUUAUACCUGCCUUAGGCGUCAAGAUGAGUUUCCUCGAUUCGGUUCUUUCAUCCAUCGAGACGGGCAAACCGUCUCCCCUACCGCCAGUCACUACCACACAAUCAGCGCCCGUCUCCUCAUCAACUGCCAAAUCGGAGGCCCGCAGGCCUAGCACUACCCCGCGUGAUGUCGCUGAGCGGACAAGUAAUGCUGCAGGUACGAAACGCAAGGCUGAGGAGCUGCUGCAACGUCCUCAGAAGCCUCUUACCCAGACAUCUAGCAAACAAUCACUCUCUAGACCAAUGGCUGCGGCUGCGGCCCCUAAACCCCGUUCUACCACCACAUCAGUUGCGAGGCCCACCGUAAAGAGCAAUACAUCAACGUCAACGGCACCACAGAAAGCAGCUCCAGUGUCUUCCAAGCCUCCCCCGAAGGGUUCAUUUGCGGAGAUUAUGGCAAAGGCAAAAGAGCUGCAGCAGAAAGCCCCAACGCAAGCGGGCAUGUUCAAGCAUCAGGCUGUACCUAAAGAGAAGCUUAGCAAGAUGGAACGCAAGAAACGAGCAAUGGAAGCACAGGCGAAGGAAAAAGAUGCACGAUCGGCAAAGAGACCCGGCAGCACGUCUGGUCCAGCAACAGGUAGCAAAGCCGGUGAUGAAAAACCUGCUAGGAAACGGGAGCCUGAAGAGCUGUCGUACAAAGGUACUGCAAGGCCAACACCCUCUGCAGUACCGGAAUACAGAGGUACGGCUGGUUUACCCGCUCGAAGCAAUCCAAUCGAUCGGAAAGCACAGGCUCGAGCGAGCAAACGAUCUAGGAUGGACGAAUAUCUUGGAACAGACGAGGAAGACGAGGGAGAAUAUGCAGACGACUACGAUGAUUACUACUCAGAUGCCUCAUCGGAUAUGGAAGGCGGAUUUAACGAUGUGGAGGAGGAAGAAGCAGCCGCAUUGGCAGUUGCAAGGAAGGAGGAUGAAGAAGAAUGGCGUGCGGAGCUUGCAGCCAAGCAAGCAAAGCUGGAGCGCCACAGGAAGCUUUCUACAUUGGCAUCCCGAAGACGUUGAGGCUACAAAGCAGUCUUUCCCCUUCAUUUUUUUUUCUUUGUCAGUAAUAUCUGUUAUACUUCUUCGGCACAUUUUUCUUUUGGCUUGGAACGGAGCAUCAGCGAGAAAUACCCGAGGGUGCAUUACAUAUGACAUCUCUUCUUUUCCCCUAUUUCUUACUUUCUCUUCUCUUUUAGGGCAACUUCCUGUUUAUGAUAUGUUUUUUGAGUCCUUCUGUGCAUUAGCGAGCGUCAUGGUGUUGAUAGAUAGGGUGGCAACGCUGCUCUCUUUAGUGUUAUCUUCUUUUCCUUCCGUUGGAAUAACCCUAUCCGGUGUUUUUGUGUCUGUUUACUAGGUGGGGAGAGGCGUCAUUCUUACAUCUUAUGCUUAAUUAUUGAGAGAAUUGGAACCCAUGGACAAGAUUCUUAUCGCCGGAUCAGCCCCACUUAGUAGGCGGUGACAUCACAGGACAUAGUCCUCUUAUUGCUUGCUUCUCUUGCACCUCCCCUCUUGCUCUCAUAAUCUUCUCUCCUCCAUGAACAACAUACCCUCUAUUGCUUGCAUGUAUUGUUUCUUUCCGAUUGAGUAGCAAGAUUCUGUAAUAUAAUCCGUCAUGGAGGCUCAUCAUAUCACGACUUCGCCUAAGAUUCUCUUCAGUAAGGUACGCAAGAUUGUGCCGCCUAUGCUGGAGAAAUUCCACAAAG